AUGCCGCCGUUUUGCCCACUAAAAGUAAAACCCUACGAGCAGCUAAACUCGAUCCCUCUCCCGCGCCUGAGAAGAGAAGCAGCAGCGACGACCGGAAGCAGCGAAGGCGAAUCCUUCCUCCAGUCGACGAAAUCAAGCAGCAGCGACGCGAUUCUCCACCGUCGAAGAGAACCUACAGCCGGUCGCCAUCUCCCUCCUCCACCCGACGAUUCGUUCGAGCCUCUCCAUCGGACGAAUCCUCUCCUCCAGCAGCGUCGAAACAGCCGGCCUUCCCGCUCCCCAGCAGCAUCGACGAUCUCCUCUGCUUGA